UCAGUCUUGCAUCUUUACACUUAAAGUCAACCCAUCUAAUCAGUUUCGGCCAUACUUUGAGGUCCAUGAAAGCAAAUUUACUAUACCUGAGAACAAUGGAACAAACUUUGAAAUAGUGAAAUUAGAAGCAAAUGAUGAUGACAAACACCAAUCAAUGUAAUUACAGAAAUGGGCAUCAAUGAUGAAGGUUCACUGGAUGGUAGAUUUGAACUGAAGUGGGAUAAAGGAUCAAACUUUGCAUCAUUGUUUCUAAAAGCCCCUUUGGACUAUGAAGAAAAACAGUUUUAUCGGAUUGAAGUUUUUGCAAAAGAUCAAGGUAGAAAUGAAAGUGAAGAAGUGAAGAAAACUAGUACGGCUGUCUUUAUAGAUGUGAAAGAUGAAGAUGAUCAAAUGCCAGUUUUUACCAAAGUUUGUUCUAUUUCGAACAUUGAAGAAAUGAAAAAUAUUGGUCAUGAAGUGUUUGAAGUGAAAGCUGUUGAUGGGGAUUUUGGAAUUAACAAUGAAAUUAGGUAUUCUAUUGUAGAAGUGUCUUCAGGUAUGGAUAAGGACUAUUUUAGAAUUGGGGAGAAAAAUGGAAGUACCACCAUAAAUAAGCAAAUUGAUCGUGAAGAUCCAAAUCUGAACUUAGUAGAUGAUCCAAUGUUGAUAAUUUCCAUAGAGGCAUCAGAAUGGAAUGGUUCAAAUUAUGUUUCCAACAGAACAACAAAAAUUAACUGCAAUAUAAUUAUUGAAGAUAUCAAUGACAACCUUCCGAAAUUCAGUAACACACAAUACAGUGCUACUGUCAGAGAAAACACACAAGCAAACAUUCCAGUAGAAUUUACUGAUGAGCCUAAAGUAACAGAUUUGGAUAUG